CCUCAACAGCACAGAGAUCCAAACAUGGCUCCUACAAUCACUGCAGCGAUCACCAACUCUCAGGACCUUCUCUCUCUCAACCACAAGAUCAGAAAACCUCUGGUGGAGAAGCUGCGCAGAGAGAGAAUCAACAGCAGCAUCGAGCAGCUCAAGUCUCUCCUGGGUCCAGACUUCCUCAAACAGCAGCCAGAGUCCAAGCUGGAGAAAGCAGACAUCCUGGAGAUGACCGUUUGCUUCCUGACACAGCUGCAGCAGCACCGAGCUGUGGACUCUGCGGCGGUCAAGCAGGGAUACUUCAGGUGUGUCCAAGAGGCCGUUCACUUCAUGUCCGAGCAGGAGGCGAAGACACAGACUGAGAGGAAACUGAUCAACCACUUCAACAAGCUGCAGUCGUCCUCUGAUCUCAACCUGAGAGAGGCUGACUUCUCUCCUCUGAGCUCCACAGUCCAGACCAGCAGCACUGAAGACAAGAGUCCAGCCUGCAGCGCCCUCUGGAGGCCCUGGUAG